AUGCGUUCGUUCGCCGCCGUCUCCUUCCUCCUCGCCAUUGCCGGCCUCGCCAGCGCCCAAUCCAUCAACCCGGAUUCCGUUGACAUUGCAACAAGGAGACAAUGGUGUCAAUCCCAAAAGUCCUCCUGCCCUCUCCUCUGCCUCCAGUACCCCGGCAACUCCGCCUCCACCGCAGCCAACGACUGUGAUCCCAAAACCCUCGUCUUCAACUGCGUCUGCGCCGUCAACGGCCUCUCCCCCAACGCCUCCGAAUACAGCCAAACAAUCCCCUACUUCACCUGCACUGAGUGGGGCAACCAGUGCGUGACGGCCUGCGGACAGAACAGCGCAUGUGCAAGCUCCUGCCGCGCCGACAACCCCUGCGGCGCCCAAAGCCCGACGCUUGUGAACACCAGCACCAUCACCUCCACCAUCGCGACCGCAACCGAUGGGUCCGAGGCGUCGGCCACCUCGGCGGUAUUCACUGGAUUCGGCAACACCGCGGAGACGACGGCCGCGAGUGCUGAUGAUGAGGGUGCGGCUGCGAUGGUGAAUCUUGGCCAGAGCUACGGCUUGGCGGUUGUGGUGGCUGGUGUCCUUGCUGGGUUUGCGUUGGUCCUCUAA